UAAUGUUUGGUAAAUAAAAACGCACAAGGACAGCAGUUCAAGUUGAGUUCAAGAUAAUUUGAUUGUAAUCUCCACUAUUACAUGUACCUAGAAAAAAUAAUGAAACGUUAACGGGUCGGCUUUUAGCUACAGACCUAUCGUGAAUGAUCCCUUCUUCUGUUUAAAGUUAUCAAAAUGACAAACUCAUGGAAAACCUAUGCAAUUGCAUCUAUGUUAGCUAUAACAACUGUUGGCAUUAUUGUUUGGCGAAAAAAGAAACGGACUUAUGUUAAAGUUGGGAAAAUAUCAAGAUUAUUUUUCUAUCCUGUUAAAUCUUUGAAAGGAAUAGAAGUGACCAAAGGAAUUUGCACAAAAGAGGGAUUUGAAGUAAAUGGUGUGAUAGAUCGUCAGUUUAUGCUCAUGUGGAAGGAUAAUGUUCUUCUAUCGCAACGAGAUGCUCCAACUCUUCAGCUGCUAACACAACGCAUAGAAGGAGAUUAUUUGCUUAUAUCAGGACCUGAAGUUGAGACUUUGAGAAUUCCUAUUAAGAAAGCACUUUCUCCCAAUGAUAAGGUAGUUGAGUGCAGAGUUCAUACUGAUAUGGUUCAGGCUGUAGAUAGGGGAGAUGAAAUUGCCUCUUGGUUUGAAUCUUAUCUGAAAAUUUCUGGUGUGCGAUUCCUGCAAUAUUUGCCAAACUUGGAAAACAGAAAGUAUGUCAGAAAUGAUCCAUUUUAUGCCAAAAUGAGAAAAAAACAAGCAAUUAGCUUUCAAGAUUUAGCUGCAUUGCAUAUACUAUCAGUAUCAUCCCUUGAAGAUUUGAACUCGAGAAUUGAAGGGAAAAAAAUGACCUUGCACAAUUUUAGACCAGUUGUAGUAGUUGAAGGGAGCAAACCUUAUGAAGAAGAUGCAUGGGAAUAUAUUAAAUUUGAAGGAGGUGCUGAAGCUGAAUUGCUAGUUCCUACAACAAGGUGCUUGUUGACGACAAAUGACCCAGAAACUGCAAUUUUGUCCCAAAAAGAACCAUUGAUAACUCUCAGAAGAUACAGAAUACCCAAAGAUCCUGAAAUAGUAAAAAAGACUGGUUCUUUGCCUUGCUUUGGAACCCAUUGUGCUGUUAUCAAGCCAGGUGAAAUUAAAGUUGGUGAUGAAAUCUAUGCUGUGGUUGGAAGACAACCAGCUAUGAUUCAGAAAAUGUGAAAAAUACCUAUUUUUGUUAAUGAAACAAUGUGUCUUCAAUCAAUGUCUUCAGUACGAAGAACUUUUAUAUGUAAAAUUUGGAGCUUAAACAUAUUGUUAUGCUAUUUUUUCUAAAUAAAAUGUAUAUUUUUCUAGUGC